GUGAUCCAACCUUGCCAAAACAGAAAGGAUCAUCCAUUCCCUUGCCACGCUCUCACAGUUGGCCUUUUUCUAGUGAGGGAACAACGGAAGAGGAGAGCGAGGACAGUGUCCGAGGACUUCUGUCUGACAGCUUACCUGAUGCCAUGGAGAAUUUAAACUUUACAGAGAUUAGAAGAGUCAACCAAGGCCUGUGUAGUACUGACCCUCCCACGACGGUACCCAAUCACUUUGAACCUGAAAUCUAUAGUCAUGAGGGCAAGGGAGCAUACCGGUUCCAGUGCCCCAGUGCAGGUCUGUUCCAGUGCAGUAUAACAGGCCUGGUGUUUAGGAUGGAGGGAGAGGGAGAGGUGCUCUAUAGGACAGUCCACUGGGACAGGAGGCUUCUAUCCCAGAGUGGCAAGAGACCUGCAGGACCCCUGUUCAACAUCGACUGCCCUCAGAAGUCUGUCUAUCAACUAUACCUCCCACACUGUCAGAUUCAUUCUUUUACACCACCAGGUGGCGCUACAGCAGGGACAAAAAAUGUUCAUUUUCUGCUGCUUGACAUUCUGGAAGAGCUGGGCCGAGGCGACCUGAAGAGAUUUCAGUGGUACCUGAUUAAGGGUGUGGAUGAAUUUCCUUCCAUCUCAGAGGGCCAGCUGGAGGAUGCUGAUAAGCUGGUCACAGUGGAUAGGAUGGUACAGAGCUACUGUGAUGAGGGAGCUGUGAAGAUCACACUGGAGAUCCUGAGGAAGAUGGGCCGGAACAACCUGGCUGAGGAGUUAAAGGGGAAGUUGACAAAACAGGUCUGAAUGCCUUAAUUCAAUGAAAUUAAGGAUUUGAUGAAUGAAUCGAUUCGAUAAAUAUGUUAAUGUAGGGAUAAUGAUGUGAAAAUGUUAAACGCUUAUAAAAUACCUUUAUAUACUUAUGCAGUGUAUCCUACUAUAAAUCAAAUCAAAUGUUUAUUCAUCACGUGAACAGGAUACAGCGGGUGUAAAUGGCACAGGGAAAUGCUUACUUGCCAGCUCCUACAGUUGAAGUCGGAAGUUUACAUACACUUAGAUUGUAGUCAUUAAAACUCGUUUUACAACCACUCCACGUAUUUGUUAAUGUGAUUAGCAUGAGGUUGUAAGUAACAAGUACAUUUCCCAGGAUAUUGUCACGCCCUAGCCUUAGUUAUCUUUGUUUUCUUUAUUAUUUUAGUUAGGUCAGGGUGUGACAUGGGG